AAAACCGCGGUCACACUGCUUGCGAAAAGGCCAUUCAUUUUUGCGAUUUCAUAUUAUUUUGUAAAACUCUCAAUAACUGUUGAACAACGCGCAAUCCAGUGGCAUCAUUUAGUUUAAACAAAGGCUAGCAAAGAACUAAAAUCAAAAUGGAAGUAACCGAUGCAAACUUGCAACUUCUGGCCGGUUAUUUGCAGCAGACGCUCAGCGCCGAUCCAAACGUACGCCGGCCGGCUGAAAAGCUGCUAGAGUCUACCGAACUGCAGCAAAACUAUCCAGUGCUGCUGCUGAAUCUCAUCGACAAGUCGCAAAUGGACAUGACCACGCGUAUAGCCGGCGCCAUUGCAUUUAAAAACUAUGUGAAACGGAAUUGGGCAGCGCAUGAGGACACCGAUGGGCCGGAUCGCAUUCACGAAAGUGAUCGCAAUACCAUCAAGUCUCUGAUUGUCACUCUUAUGCUGCACUCCCCCGUGGCGCUGCAGAAACAGCUGAGCGACGCCGUGAGCAUCAUUGGCAAGCAUGAUUUCCCGAAAAAAUGGCCGCAAAUGAUCGACGAGAUGGUGCAAAGGUUCGCCUCGGGCGAUUUCAAUGUGAUCAAUGGCGUCCUACAAACGGCACAUUCGCUGUUCAAGCGCUAUCGAUUCGAAUUCAAAUCGCAAGCCCUGUGGGAGGAGAUCAAGUUCGUGCUGGACCGCAUGGCGCAGCCGCUCACAGACCUACUGCAGGCCACCAUGCAGCUGACCAAAGUGCACGAGAACAACAUGGAGGCGUUGAAGGUCAUCUACGGGUCAUUGGUGCUGGUCAACAAGGUGUUUUUCUCGCUCAACUCGCAGGAUCUGCCCGAGUUCUUUGAGGACAACAUGAACACCUGGAUGGGUGCAUUCAUCCAGCAGCUGGCCGUCAAUGUCCCAGCUCUGAGCAGAGACGAUGACGAUGAUCCCGGUGUGCUGGAGUUUCUGCGCUCGCAAGUCUGCGAGAAUAUCUGUCUGUAUGCGAAGAAGUACGAUGAGGAAUUUAAGCCGUUCAUGGAGCAAUUCGUGACUGCAGUCUGGGAAUUGCUGGUCAAAACCAGCCUCAAUACUAAAAACGAUUCGCUGGUGUCGAAUGCCUUGCAAUUUAUCACCGUGGUUGCUGAGCGAAAGAAUUAUCAGGGCAUAUUUGAAAAUCCUGAGAUUCUGGCACGCAUUUGCGAGAAAGUUGUCAUUCCCAAUCUGGACAUUCGGCCCUCCGAUGAGGAACUGUUUGAAGACAGUCCCGAAGAGUAUAUUCGUCGGGAUAUUGAGGGCUCGGACGUUGAUACCCGCCGCCGUGCUGCCUGUGAUCUCGUAAAGACUUUGUCCCUCAACUAUGAGCAAAAGAUCUUUGGCAUUUUUAGUCAGUAUCUGGAGAUCUUGCUGGCCAAGUACAAGGAGAAUCCCGCGGCCAAUUGGCGUUCAAAAGACACUGCCAUCUAUCUGGUCACCUCGUGGGCAUCGCGAGGCGGAACCAAGAAGCAUGGCAUCACACAGACCUCAGAUUUGGUGCCGCUGCCAGAGUUCUGUGCCACGCAGAUAAUACCAGAGCUAGAGAGACUCAAUAUCAAUGAGAUACCUGUGCUUAAGGCAGCAGCUAUCAAGUAUAUCAUGGUCUUCCGCAGCAUUUUGGGUCCCCAGGUGCUGGCCAAUUGCCUGCCGCAGCUCAUACGCCAUCUGCCCGCCGAAAGCAUUGUGGUUCACAGCUAUGCCGCCUGUUCCGUGGAGAAGAUUCUGGCCAUGCGCGAUGCCAGCAAUGGGAUUGUGUUUGGCCCACAAGUACUGGCGCCACAUGUGAAUUCACUGAUUAGCGGACUUUUUGCAACACUCGCGAUGCCCGGAGCAUCAGAGAAUGAAUUUGUGAUGAAGGCAAUUAUGCGAAGCUUCUUUGUGCUACAGGGCGCUUCUAUGCCUUUCAUGGGAGUGGCUCUGCCACGCCUCACUGAGAUCCUAACCCAAGUGGCCAAGAAUCCAUCACGUCCGCAUUUUAAUCAUUAUCUCUUCGAAACGCUGGCGCUGUCCAUAAAAAUCGUCUGCCAGGCAGAUGCCUCGGCUGUCAGCUCUUUCGAGGAGGCUUUGUUCCCAGUUUUCCAGGGCAUACUGCAGCAGGAUAUUGUCGAGUUUAUGCCCUACGUCUUUCAGAUGCUGUCAGUUUUGCUGGAAGUGCGCGAGGGCAGCGGCUCCAUUCCAGAGCCUUACUGGGCGCUGUUUCCUUGCCUGCUAUCGCCCGCCCUGUGGGAUCGAACAGGCAAUGUGACGCCUCUGAUUCGGCUCAUCUGUGCCUUUGUGAAGCAGGGUGCUGCCCAGAUUCAGGCCAUGGGAAAACUGAACGGCAUUUUGGGCAUCUUCCAAAAAAUGAUUGCCUCGAAGGCCAACGACCACGAAGGCUUCUACUUGCUGCAGAAUCUUCUCUCCUAUUAUCCGGCCGCUGAAAUGCAAUCGAGCAUGCGUCAGAUCUUUGGGCUGCUCUUCCAGCGACUGUCGCUGUCGAAGACGCCCAAAUACAUCUCCGGCAUCAUAGUGUUCUUCUGCUUCUAUGUGAUCAAGGCCGAUGGAAGUCAUCUGGCAAAGCUUAUAGACGAAAUCCAACCCAACAUGUUCGGCAUGCUGUUGGAGCGCAUUUUUAUCACGGAUCUGCAGAAGGUCGUCAAGGAGCUGGAUCGCAAAAUGGUGGCCGUGGGUGUGACCAAACUUCUAACCGAAACCCCGGAAAUGGUUUUGCCUCAAUAUGCCCAAUUCUGGCCGAGACUGCUCCACGCCUUAAUCGACAUGUUUGAGCAUCCGCUGGAGUCUUUGAAGGGCAUUGAGGGUGGUGAGAUUGUUGGCGGUGUGGCCGAAGAUCCCGAUGCGGGCUAUCAAGUGGCCUUUGCCCAGCUCACCCAUGCCCAGCCCAAGCAGCAGGAUCACCUGGCCGAAAUUACCGAUGCCCGACAAUUUCUGGUCAAUGCACUGUCCAAGUACUCGCAGAAGCGACCGGGAGAGCUGACCAACCUGUUGGGCCCCCUCGAACAGGACUACAAACAGAUCUUGCAGAAAUACUGUGAUCAAGCCGGCGUACGCAUUGUCUGAGGAAUGAAAGAAUGAUGACCCGCAAUUUAAUCGCCAAUCACGAAUCACACCUCGCCAUACAUUCGCAUACCUUUCUACAUAUAUUUUUACAUGCAACAGAAGAGCUGUCCUUUUCUUCACUCAAUCAAUCACUCCCUCAUGCUGUUUAUGUGUCGACCAUGAAAUUGUUUUCUUUUAUAUGUUAUAGUGUACUUGUCCGAACAAUAAACAGUUACGUUAUGCAUAUGCAGUGGAGAGACUUAA